UUUAUCUAUUGGUUGCCCUUGAAAGUCCGAGCUGUGUUGAGCAGUUGAGCACAGUGUAAAGCUGUGGUGUUAACUGUUGUGAUUUGUGGAGGAACUUCAAAGAAAAUGCCGCACCUCAGUUUACAAACUAACGUUCCUAAAAGCAAGAUAUCACAAGACUUCUUGAAAGAAACCACUAAAGUUAUUGCCAACACACUUUCAAAACCGGACAGCUAUUGCGUCGUGUCAGUGGAAGCUGAUUUGCCGAUGGCAUGGGGAGGUUCAACUGACCCUUGUGGAGUUGCCACAUUAAUGAGCAUCGGUCAGCUGGGAACCGAAGCAAAUAAAAAGCAUUCAGCUGCAAUAUCCAGCCAUUUAGAAAAACAUCUUGGUAUCCCAAAAAACAGGUUGUACAUAAAUUUCAUAGAUGCAAAACCUGCUGAUGUUGGCCAUGAUGGAACUACAUUCCAUGCCAUAUUUGGUGGCAAGUGAUGUGAUGUUUUGAAGUUUGGGUACAUGCAUGUGCGUAUAUAUUACCUGGGGAGUAGAUUGGUAACAGAAAUGUAUGUUCAGUUAUGUACAAUUGAGCUAGUUUGAUGGAAACUAUAUUGUGAUAAUUUUUGUGUAUGAUAUAUGUUAUGAUUGAUUAUAACUAAGUACUAAUAUGUGCUUGUUACUUGGGAUCAAUAAACAAAACUGUUAAACUUUUUGUUUUAAUAGAAGAAGCCAAACAGUAAA